AUGAGGGUCGCCGCAAAUCUAGUUGUCAUUGUGGCUAUCAUUCUCGUCACACUCUGUUCAAACGGAGUUGUUGCAAAAUCUGCCGGAUCUGCAAAGGAAAACAGUCCAAAUCGUCUCGAUGCCCUCAGCCUUGCCAUAGAAAAUGAAAUCAAUUUGAAAAACGCGACUUUCCAGGUAGACCACCCUCACGUACAAUUUGGACCAGCUCAACUGCCAAUUCCAGAAGACCAGAGUCCUAAUUAUUUGAUCCCGAGGGAACUUACGAAGCUUUUUAAACGCACUUGUUACUUCCCUACCGGCGGUGGCCAUUGCGGUGAUGGCCAGAUCUGUUGUACUGAUCAGGGCGACUCUAGUAGUAAUUGGUGCUGUAAAGAUGAUACACAAUGUGUACCUAGGCCAAAGCAGAAUCCCAAUGGCUGGCAAUGUUCUUGGAGCAAAACCUGGGUAGUCAUAUGGUACACCUCGACGGUAUAUACAACUAAAUCUUCGACGGACAUACGGAACGUCGCCGAAACUACCAAAUGGUCAACUAUUUCGUCGACCAGUACAGUCGUAGUGACUAGAUCGGACGUCGAUACUUCGACAGAGGUCAAAGUAGUGACGGUUACUGCGAGAGUAAAUAAUAGAAGACGACUGGGCCAAACAAAGGUCGCGCCAUUGACAUCAGCACUCCCUGCAAAACCAACCAAAUCACUUCCAAUUGCUUUGGUUGCCCAAGCGAAACCUCAGGGACCCAUUGCACCUCUGAUCACCUCGGGAGCUCAGCUCCGUCCUCGGGGUUGGUUCAAGCGCACGCUUACUACUGAAACGGCGACAACAAGUUCGACUACGACUAAUGUUCAGACACGAGUCAUCUAUGUCACCAGUGUAUCCUAUUACACUGAAACGUCCACCACUACUUCAACAUCAACGAGUACGUCCACGUAUGUAGCCAACGCCAAAAAGACCGUAACGUCAACAAGCACAACCACGCUUACGCUCACACCGGGGCAAUCAGCUCCUACCCCCGCCUCCACCAAGUCGGCCGGCGGUGGCCAAGAUCUCCAGGAAAAUCCUCCCACUCCCGGGGGUGGUGGUGGUAACGGUGGAACUAGUCUAAGCAAAGGCGCACAGGCCGGCAUCGCCACCGGGACAGCGAGUGGUUCACUCAUCAUCUGCAUCAUUCUAGCCUUCUGCAUCCGCCGUCGCCGUAAGAAGAGAAAGGAGGAGGUCGCCGAGCUGAUCAAUGCGGCUGUCGCGGCAGCUAACAACGCGCAAUCUUCUGUCCCUCCCCCUGAGAAACCUCCCCACGUAGGAGUCUAUGCGCCAGCUGCACCAGUCCCCAGUCCGCCUUUUCAUACUUCGUCGUACUCGCCUAAUGGCGCACCGUACGGCAGACUGAGUGACUUGGUGCCAGUUUACAGUCCGUCAGAUAGUACUGCGAGGAAUACCCCAGCAUCAGGACUUGGAAGUCCGACGGGACUCGAAAUGUCUAGCACACCAAUAGCGGCACCCAUCUCGAUGCAAUACCAGUAUCCAAGGCCAAUGAGUCCGGAGGGUUCUUAUGAAAUGUAUCAUCCGCCACCAGAGAUGCCAUCAAACUAUCAGUAUCCUAUGCAGCGUAACCAGCCCGAAUGGAGGCCUUAA